AUGCUCAGCGUUAACCAACUGAGCGGCUCUGCUUUGUUUAGUCGUGCGUUUGACUCGACGAUAGUUCGUGAGGACCUUCUGAGCCAAAAUACACCGCGUCAGCUCUCUGCGCUACAGCAGGUAGUCGCCUUUAUGACUAUAGGAAGAGACAUGUCCGGGCACUUUAGUGACAUCGCUCCUCUAUGUUCAUCUACAAAUCUUGCUAUUAAACGUCUUGUAUACUUGUAUCUCAUGCACAACAGUCAUGCCCAGCCGCAAAAGGCAGUAUUGCAGGCCGGGGUCUUUGUGAAGGAUACAGUUAAUGACUCGCCACUUAUUCGUGGGGCGGCGUUGCGUACGAUGACGUCUCUCUUGGUUCCCGUUAUGGUGGAUUUUAUCACCGCCCCUCUUCAACGCUGCUUAGAGGACAGUGAUCCGUACGUCCGCCGCAUCGCCGCCUUUGGUACUCUUAAACUAUUUUACAUUGCCCCAAACGUUUGCGAAGAGCUUGGACUUUUGGAGAAGCUGAAGAACCAGCUCCAUGAUGAAAAUGCGUGCGUGGUAGCAUCAGCCGUGGCAGCCAUUUUGGAACUUCGUCAGCGGCAUGCUCCGAUUUCUCUUGAGGAGGCUAUUGUAGAAAACGUUUCUCGUGUGCUUGAAGCUGCCAGUGAUGCCCCGGGUUGGUACCAGCAUUAUCUUAUUGAGGGAGUUGCAGUUGCCUUUAAGAACAAUUCACUCAUGUUGGAUAUGGAGAGGGCUGAAAAGAUUAUUGAUGGUGUAAUGCCUUUUCUUUCUUCUUUUAAUGUUGCUACCGUUAUGUCAGCAGUCAAGGCUAUGACGUCAUUUCUGCUACAAGCAUCUGCUCUCUUUACACUGUCUGCCCAUGGAAAUGAUGGUUCCAAUAAAGUUGAGAAGGCGUCUCAACUGCGGGACAGGUACGGUCCCAAGUUGGUUGGAGCAUGCGUGUCUUUGUUAUAUGAAUGUUCUCUUGAGGUGCGAUAUGCGGCGUUUCGCAACAUCCGUUUGCUUUUGAAGACUGGGCUGGUUUUUUUUUUUAAGCGUCAUUUAGGUCCCUUCUUUGUCAAGUAUGAUGACCCGAUUUACAUCAAACUGGAAAAGUCUGAGCUGCUCCUUGAGCUCGCCGAUAUUGAAGUAGGGGAGAUAAUUCUCUCUGAGUUUGCGGCCUAUGCCACCGACGCGGAUGAGGAGUUGGUUCGAAAGGCAGUGCGUCUUAUUGGGUUUCUCGCGGCGAAGUUAGAACCCCUGGCGGAACAGUGUGUCGAAAGGCUUUUGGGUCUCAUUGAUACCGGCAUGAGUCACGUUAUGCAGGAAGCGGCAGUUGUGGUGCAGACCAUUUUGCGACGUUAUCCUAACCGUUUUCUCCGUGUUGUCAGAAAACUUUGUGAAAUCUUGGACGAGCUGCGGAGCCCCGAGUCCAAAGCCGCCGUCGUGUGGGUGCUUGGCGACCACGCCGAACACGUGGAAAAUGCGGGGGACAUACUGGAGAUGUGUGCAGAGUCUUUUUCCACCCAGCCGGAGAUUGUGCAGUUUGCACUUCUCACUGCCGCUAUGAAAAUUUAUCUUUCUAGCGAAUGCAAAGACAUGGGGCGUAGCACGAAUUUCCUUCAACGCGUGCUUUCCAUGGCGACGCAGUCGCCGCGGCCAGAUGUACGUGAUCGCGCUUUCAUGUAUUGGCGCCUUGUUACGAGCGACACUGAGGCGGCAAAAAAACUUGUUUUCACCUUCUCGAAGGGUCUAUCAUUUACCAUGGCAGAUACACUGGAGAAACGCCGACUGCAGAGCUUUUUGACGGACGUUGGAAGUCUUACGGCGGUGCUGCAUCGCCCACUGCAUCUCAUAUACAGCAACGAGACGGGUCUGAACGAAAAUGACGAGGAAGAGGAAGAUGCGGGGGAUCAUUUUGGGGAGAAAUUCAUUCGACGUGUAGUUUGUGAUGAUGAGAUGGCAGGUACAAUGGCUAAUAACCUUGUUAGCAAGGGGCCCAAUAUUCGAGACAAAGAAUCCAUGCAUGUGGCCUUGCCAGCAGACGAGGGCAACGGGCUGGAGGUGCGUAUGUGUUGGUCGCAGCUCGGCAACAAGCUGCUGCUAAACUGCCACUUCUCUCUUGUUUCCGGGGAAGGAUACACACGACAUGCCGUUGUACGUGCGCUUCAAAUCAAUAGGAACAUACAUGCACUUGGUUUGGCGCAAGAAUGCCCUGUUGUGGAGCUUGAGGUAGGGGAGAAGGAACCAGAAACACUACAACUGAUGACAGGUACCAACAAUGAGAAAUCACCAAUGCGUGAUCUGCUCGUCGCAGUCAACGUCGAUCCAAUCGGUACCCGUUAUUUUCUUGCACCUACAGUUCCGCCCGCCAUGCUGCUACUUCCUGCUGCAAGCAUCGACUAUGGUUUUUUUGCCCAUCAAUUUCAGCAGCUUCAUGCACCGUCGUGGACGAUGCCCACGACGCUCACACCAACGCGAACGGAUCAAACGCGUUACACUGCAAAUGCCCUUCGACUCCACGGCUUAAAUCUUGUCUACACGAGCAAACUACACGGGUCAGGCAUUCUGCGGCUCUUCAUUUCAGCGGAAACCAUUGCUGCGCAAAAACUCUUUAUGGAGGCCGCAAUCCAAGAUGACCUUGUGGUAUAUCUUGGCGUACGGUGCAAAGACCCGCAGGUGCCACCUGUUUUUGGCGCAUACACGUUAAGCGUGCUUUCAGUAGCAGAAAAUUAA